GCUUGGGUAAUGAUGGGGGAAGGAGAUGGGGAUGAAAGGCGUGUUGGGUAAUUUAGUCUCGGCCCAGUUUCAAGCUGAACGUGGCUGAGUGGUGGAGGGCUUUUCUUUUUGCAAUUUGGGCCAAUAUAGUUCUAUAAAUGGCCAUCAUUGCCCCCCUUUAAUCAUUACUUUGUCAACUGUUUCUAUCCAAGACACAGACACUAGAUGUCUCUCUUCUCUUUGCACUUACCCCUCAAGUGUGGUCGCUCCUUCUCAAAGAAGUUUAUGAACCAGCUUUCAAUAGAUUAAAGCCCACGCUGGUUGUGUGGCUUAUUGAUUAUGGUCAUAUUGAAAGUGUGUAUAUAUGUGUGUAUCCUCAAAUAAUCUCCAAGCAAAUAUAUAAUGUAAAAGGAAGGGUACAAUAACACAAACACUUGUUUGUGGCUCUGUUUUGUAUGCUGUUCUAUUAUUUUAUAUUGUAAGGUGUUCUUGCUAUUUUGUCCACCCCUUAAUGAGAUACCCAGGCCAUCUCUGCAGAGAACCUGUCAGAUAACUGUCUCACAUCAUACAAUAUGGUGCCAGUACACUAAACUGAAUAUUCUGUCCAUAUGUGGCUUGUGUCUAAUGUUAGUCCAAGUUAAUGGGGGAGGUUUAAGGAAACCUAAUUUUUUGGUGGGGGCCGGUGUUGUGUCAAGUGAUUGGCUCAGUGGAUGUUUGUAGCUCCAGCUUGGAAGGUAUUUCCUGAUUGGUUGCUGUGAGCAGUAUGGGUCACUGUGGAAGCCCCCAUACAAGCGUGGUCAUUCAGUGGCUGUGAACAGUGCUUGGUUUUCAUCUCGCUUACAUGUGGAAGCUCGGAGCCAGACAGACCUGCAGUGACUUGGGGUUGCUAUAGCUAUGUCCUUGCUUAAUUGUCUACAUGUUACAUUCAUUUUUCUCCUGCUACAUGUAGGUGAUUGCUUUCAGACGGAGCCUAAUCUCUGUGAUUCAAGUUGUGCUGAGUUUCCUACCUCUGACUUGUCCUAUCAGAGAGGGGUGAGGUAUACUUACAGGUAUAGCACAACAAUUACCACAACGCUACAUGGCUCCAACGCUGGCAGGAAUGGACUGGCUUUGGACUGUGUGGUUGAUAUUGACGUAGUUUCCAAGUGUCAUCUCAUGAUGCAGAUUAGGAAUCCACAGAUAAAGCGGCUUUCUCCUCAGAAGGAACAUUCAGUGCAGCGCUUAAAAAGCUUGAGGGAGUCACUGGAGAGAACACGCCUCAAGUUCUCCCUCCAGGGUGGAAAGGUCACGGCCCUCUGUCUCCAGGAGGGGGAGCAGGUGUGGGCCCUCAACAUUAAAAGGGCCCUUCUGAGCAUGCUCCAGACCUCCCGCACGGCCUCCAAACAGGAAUUAGAAAAGGAGACAGAUGUGUACGGGACGUGCACCAGCAGGUAUGAGAGACGAGGACCUGUGCUGCUGAAAACCAGGGAUCUAAAACAGUGCCAGCAGUCCAGGCUGGCAAACUUCUGGCCCCAUUCAGUAGCUCUAACUGAUGAUACAUCGGUGCAGUCGGAGCUACACUGUGUUCAGCGCCAUGGCUCUACAGUUAUGGAAGAGGUCAACUGUACUGAAGUUGUUUCCAUGGCAACGUGGUCCAGGACUGCAGGGCUGGUGAAGACCCAAACUGUGUCUACCCUGCUGCUGCUCAGAGCCCAGCCAGGGACACCUUCAGAAGCAGAUUCCUUAGUUCUCGGUGUACUAACGGACCUGAAGUUUGAGGAGGAGGAGGGGCCGGCACGGCCAGGAAAAGCCAAACUGUCGACACCUCAGCAAGCCAGUCAAACUGUCAGGAUGUUAUGUAGCCUCACCUCAGACCCACAACUGGUAUCACAACAGUUCCUUCAACUGGCUUUCCAGCUCAGAGAUCUGACUCUCUCACAACUCGAGACGCUGUGGCAAGAAGCCUCUUUCAAGUGCCGCAAUGACUGGCAGCCUUUGUUGGAUGCAUUACCAGCCUGCGGAUCUGAAAACUGCAUCAUACUACUGAACAACCUAAUGAAGAACAAAGAGUUGGAGGAAGAGCAGGCUCACUCUUUCCUCACCACCAUAUCCCUCAUCCCUCAUCCAUCGCCACAAAUCAUCAACUCCAUCAAUGCUUUAGUGGAAGAUCCAGAGCUGCGGUCCAAGGCUCUGUUGACUGGAUCAUCUCUGGUCUAUCAACUCUGCCAGAGGUCCCCAACAUACUGCAGCGACCUUCCUCAGGUACAGACCUUCAUACAGAUGUUAGAAGAAACCCUGAGGGAUGGCUGCGAAGGAGAGGAACCCACUCAAGUGAGAGAGCUUGUUUAUGCUCUGAAAUCAGUGGGAAACACUGGUCUGUCUGCUUCAUCCUUCAUUCCUCUGCUGAACCGCUGUGUGCUUGGACACUCAGCUGCACUGGAGCUGAGACUCGCUGCCGUUCAGGCCUUCAGACGCUUUCCCUGCUCAGCUAAUAGGUCUGUGCUGUUGCAGCUGUACCGCUCCUCCCAGGAGGAUCCGGAGGUCAGAAUCGCUGCAUACCAGCAGCUCAUGCACUGCCCUGACCAGGACGUGUUCGAAGUGGUGAAGACGACUCUGAGGAGUGAGAGCUCCAGCCAAGUGGGCUCAUAUGUGUGGAGUCACCUGACUAAUGUCUUGAGGAGCGAGGACCCCAUGAAACACGCUUUAAUUGAGUCACUGCCUGAUGACAUUAUCAGCAGAGACUUUGAAGCUGAAUUUUUGAAAUACUCCUCUUAUUCAGACUACACUGUUGCCUCAGGCAUGGGAAUUACAAAUGUGGAAACAUCUUUGGUUUUUUCCCCCAAAUCAUUUCUACCGAGAUCUGCCUCUGCCAACCUGACGGCAUAUUUUCAUGGUAGAGCCCACAACCUUCUGGAAGUGGAUCUUCACAUUGAAAAUGCUGAACCACUUCUGAAGAGCAUUUUUGGUCACCAGACCCCCAAUUCUGAUGCAGACUCCACUGCUCAAAGUCAAAAACAUGCACAGUCCAAAGAGACAAAGAGGACAAGAAGAAAAACAGAUGACGGCCGUAGAGGAGAAAAAGAAACAUGUUUAUCCACCACCAACAGUUAUCUGGACCAGGCCAGGGCCAUGGUGAGACCGCCAUUGUUUGGGAGGAGGAAAAUGGAGGAGAACAUGCCAAAGUGUUGGGUUGGGGUGAAGGUGUUUGGGAAUGAGCUCAGUGUGUUUACCUGUGAAGAUCUCUACAAUCAAAUCAACCAGCUGUCGCUGAGUGCGGCAGGACUGGCUGUCAAACUGCUCAAGGGUCAUGAGGUGCAGUUGAACCACAGGGCUGUGCUGAUGACAGAGGAGCUAGUUUUGCCGUCUCUGUCUGGUUUGCCCAUCAAACUGGGCAUCAACAUGACGUCCCUCCUUUCACUGCGUCUGAAGGGCAACGCCAACUACAGGGACACUUCUCACUUCUCCCUCACUGGAUACAUCAAACCUAAUGCCUAUGUGGGCCUGUCAGCCAGGAUGGGGGUGGAUGGCGCCCUGGGUCAGGCUGCAGUGGACUGGAUCUCUGAUUUGAGGAGCUCCACCAGUCUGGAUGGCAGCAUUCAGCUGCAGGAGGGACAGGAUCUCAGGGUCACACUUAACACCCCAGAGGAUGUCAUGGACAUCAUGUCUUUUGACUCCCGAGUAUUUCAACUCAGUGGUGACCACAGAGAGGAGAUAAAAGGGCCAAAGAGUCGAAUCCAGAAGACCACCUGCACCCCAAAGACCUGGUCCAAGAUGGUUGGCUGGCAGCUGUGCUCCAAUGCCUCUUACCCGUUUGCUGCUGUUGGUAUUUCACUUCCCCCCUCUGGACCCGUCCACCUCUCCCUCAGGCUGCUGAAGCUGGACAGAGGCCUCCAUUACUACCUGCUGGAGGCUGCCUACUCACUGCUCCCACAGAGAGGCACCUGGCUUCCCAGAGAGGCCUCCAUCCAUCUCCUCCUGGCCACCCCUCAGUCCUCCAUCCCCAGGGACAUGUCUCUUGACCUGGCCUUCAACCCUCACAGACUGCUGCUGAGGAUCACACAUCCUCUGAAAACCAUCCUCAUACAAGGACAAUUUGAACAAGAGAGGAAUAUAAAGACAGGAAAACUGGAGCUCUUGAUUGAUAGCGCUCUUUAUUACAUCAUGGGUUUGGUUGACACACAGACUCUCAUGUCAGAGCAGAGGACACGGUACCACUUUGAAGCCAAAAUGGCUGCAGAUGGACAUCCCAUGAUCCUCUCUGCUAAUGUUACCCGUGGACUGGGCAGGAAGACCAGCUUCUCUGCCACUGUAAAGAAUGUAUUUAGAGAAACUGCAUCAAUCUCAGUGGCCCUGGAGCGCAGACGGGACGGCAGCAGCAGGCAGUACUCUGUGGAGGUGGAGCUCCUCUUACCUGGUGUAGUCGGCAGCAGAAUGCUGGGACUGAUGGAGCAGAAGGGCUCACUGUGGAGCUCCGCGCUCCGGCUCAAAUAUGGUCUGGGAGGUGAUGCCCGGCACCUGCGUCAGGAGUGCCACACAUCUCAGAGACUGCGUAGUGAGAGGGACGCAAACCUCACCUACAUCAUGAGAGUCGAUCAUGAGUUCUACUGCUCCAACGCUGCUCCCAUCAACCACAAGAUCCACCUCAGGCAUGAGGAAAGCCCCAGUCACGUUAAAUCAUCCCUGGACAUGAGCUACGGCAAACACUGGGAUGAGCUGAACAACAAACGCACACUCCUCCUGAGCCAGUCUUUCAAAAACCAGUCCACAGAAAAUCACACCAGCUACACACUGGAGUUCAGUCUUCAGGUUCCAGAGAAAAAUUUAAACUACCGCACCCAGCUCCUGCACUCCCACCUGAGACAGCUCGGAUCUGAGAGCAGCACUCACCUCAAAAUCAACUACAACAACUUGAUGCCACUUGUGGCUGGGUUACACUGGAAAAGCCCUCCGAAGAAUGCCUUGCAGAAGAAAUGGGAAGGCAUGUUUAACAUGGACACACCGUGGCUGUACAUCCACACCACUCACAAGCUGAGCCAGCACCAGCGCCACACAUUGCAGCUCACGUCAGAGUUGACAGCCAGCAAGUGGCUGACCAUCCGUAACCUCAUCCUGGAGGCUUUCUACAGGGACAGAGGCAGGGAAAGGGAGGCUCGUCUGGAGCUCUACACACCAGCUGCCACCUACCUCCAAGCAGGAGGGUGGGGCACGGUGGGGAAGCGAAACAUGAAGGCCUCCUGCUCCUUGAGCUCCUUGUGGACUGCUCCGCUGAGAGGAGACGUCUCUCUGGAGGCCUCGAAAUUCAGCCACACCCUGCAGAUGGCCUCCAGCUACGGCAAGCACAAUGUCAGCCUCACAGCUGCCCUGAACAUCGUGGACAAGAAUUUGAAAAAGAGGCAAGUGAUAGUGAAGAUGAGCAUGUCGGAGCCCAAGAGUCAGCCAACAGAGCUGGAGUUUGAGGGAACAGUCGAGGAGCUGAGGAAGGACAAGAAGAUGUAUCAGAAAACAGCAAUGCUCCAGCUCAGACAGCCUUUUCAGACUUUUCCUCAGAGUCUCCUCCUCAGGGAGACUUUCACUGUCGACCUCCUCAAAGGCCUCUACAUCCUGGAGUCUAGAGCUGGUUUCCACGGCAACAAAGAGGUCAUUCAUACCCUCACCCUCGGCUACCAACCACCGAGCCCUUUUGUUUGCUCUGCACUGAUUCAUUUUUUCAGCUCUGACACUAUUCCGUCAGACUCAGAAAUCUGUGUGACCAUAUCCAGCAACCAGACCCAGAAAGACAUAUAUGGGAAGUUACGGGUCGGUAGCAAGGAGCGGCUGACUUUCUUUGGACAAGUUCAGUUGAACCCUUUGCACUCAAGUCACCAAGCAAUAAAAGUUAAAGCCAACCUCACCCAUCAGCUCCAGCUGCAGCUCCCCUCCUCUGCUAUAGUGGAAGGUGAUAUAUGUUGGAAACCCAGAAACAGCAUGGACUUUGACUAUGUGGCCAGAGGGAAACUGAGAAUAGAGCGACAGGAGUGUCAACUUUCAGUACAGCUCAAUGGAACAAAAGGCAGAGUCGGCCUGUAUUCAUCUCUCAGUCACCCCUUCAAAUCAAAGAUUCCCAAAACACUAGAGGCAAAAGCCACUGCAGACAUUUCUACAGGGUCUGGCAUAGGGAGCACCUCAGUACGUGUGAGGGCUGAUGGGAAGGACAGGGUGAUGCUGGACGCCCAGAUGUCUCACUCCCUCCAGCAUGGAGACAGAGCCAUGGGACUGAGGCUAAAUUUAUCCCAGAGUUUACUGCCUGCGGUCACUGACAUGUAUGUAAACAUGGCUGCCAACAUGUCCUCAGACAGUGUGUCUCUACAUGGCUCCUAUACACAAGGACAUGAGGCUCUGCUGGCCCAGGUGAAAGGGUCUCUAAAAGACAUCAGGGGUCUCCAGCUGGCUGUGUCAGGGGACUUGAGGCACUCUGUGACCAACCUCGCUUUUCUGCCUUCGGCCCUGGGAUUAGAUGGGGCGCUGGGACAGUCUGACACACUCAUAGAAGGACAGUUAAGAGUUAGAGUGAUGGAGACACUGUACAGUGUGGAGCUGAGGCAUCAGGAGGAUCCUGGAGAGUCUCUGGGCAGAGAGGAUGACGACAGCAUGAUGGGAAAGAAAUCACACGUGACCCGUGACUGGCUGUGUGUUUGGUCCGGGGCGGAGAAUUUGUGUGUGAAUGUGAGCCGCCAAAUGGGGGUUGAAGGGAGGGGUGAGGUCUACACCCAACUGUCUCACUCUUUCAACCUGCUCAAUGCCACAGGCGUACCUGUCAGCAGUAGUGCCCAGCUGAGGUGGUUCCAGGAUGGUGGUCGACUGUCAGUCCUAGCAGAGCUGCAGGCUGGACCUGAACAUUUAAAAGCUGAGUUUAACAGAGGCAGGACAGACCCGCUCAUUCCACGAUGGGAGUUCCUCUCAAGGCUGCAGCACCAAGUCAAAGCCCUGCUGAAAAGAGGCAUAUCAAGCUCCGUACAAGCCAAAGCACAUUACCAGUUAGAUACAGAGGGGCUGGACGCAGGACUGGUCCUUCACAUGGAAGAUGAGAGAAUAGCUGACAUCCUGUUUGCUGUUGGAUCAAAAAACACCACCGCUAUAUUGGUAGUGUCUCUAUGGCAACAGAUGAAGUUGCUCCAGGGGCUCAUACCUGCCUCUUUACUGAUGAACUGCACGGGGGACGCCACCGCAGACCGGCUCACAGCCCAGUGCUAUGGAAAUAUGGCAGGCCGCCCUGUGGAGUCUCUCCAGCUCCCACAAUCCUCAGUCAAUGUCUCCAUCAUCCAUUCUGGCUGCUCCACAAAUCUCAGUGCUGUUCUCCAGGCUGAGGAUGAACAGAAAGUCAACCUUACUUUGUCCCUAGCUUGUCACCCCAGUCUUAGUCUGAAAGCAUCAGUCCAGCACUCUAUAGAGGCAAUACAGACGGUGGGAUUUCCUACCAAUGGAGCGCUGAUCCUUAAUGUCUCAGCUGCACAUGUGCCUGAGGUGGAGGUCGGCUUGGAGCUGGGACGCUGUUAUUUUAGGGGAAAGACUACGUCUUCAGAAACAGAAACAGAGAGGAACCGGUCUUCUUACGCUGUAAAUGUGACCAACUACUGUCCCGCUCUACAGGGAACAGUCCUCCCAGUGUCCCUGGUCCUUCGGGGCCUCCUGUCAGUCGACCCCUGCCUGCUGACUGUGACCUCUUUUCUGAGGGCAGACAACCAGAACCUCACUCUGGAGCUAGGUCAGUCCUGCAGGUCUCCACAUCUCUCCGGGACCCUCACACACACCUUCCCUGGGCUGAGGAGCCGAGGUUUGCCCCAGACGAUCACCGUAGAGGCCACUGGUCCCGGAGGCUCUGAGGAGGCUGGUGCUCUGUUAAUCAAAGCAGGGACAUGUCACAUUAGAGCCAACAGAGUCAUAGAGGCCAAAGGAAGGACAAAGUGGCUCUGGGCUCUGGAGUCGAAGUGCCCGAUGUUACAGGCCCAUUUGAAUGGAUCAGUGCAGCAGGAGGCUCAGGGUAUCUGGGCAGCCAUGGUGGACACCAGUCUGGGGAGCAAAAGGGGCUUCCUGAGGCUGAAUGCAAGGGCCUGGCCAGAGUUGAGUCUGGAGGGUGAGCUCAAUCACAACCUUCCUGCUCUCAGAAGUUUACCUGAACGCAGCAGACUGAGGGUGACAAGCAGAGCUGGAAAACAACGCUAUGACACUGAAGCGCUCAUUCAAAUGGGCGAAUGUGCCGUCAAAGCCAUUGGAGCUGUGAUGUCACAUCCAGGCCUGCAGGGGUCACUGGUGUACUUCAAUAACUGCACAGUGAUUCAGGAGUGGGGUAGUCCAGACAGGAUACAGGCCUCUGGAUCCUUGGUUGUCUCCCCAACUAUUGCUGAAUCUCAUGUCUCCAUGGCAAUAGACAAUACAGAGUUACAGGCUCUAGUGGCUCUUAAGAAAACUAAGGAUAAAAAUGAAGCAUCACUUUAUCUUAACCACACAGUGCCCCUGUUGAGGAAGCUGGGUCUCACUGCAAAUGCUGCAAUAACAAUGAAUUCCGGUUAUCAUGGCAAUCGAUCGCACUAUUACCUGUUACGCAGCAGUGCAGGAAAUCAAAAGUUAAGCCAAGAGAUGACAGUGGAAAAGACGUCUGAGACGGUCAGAGUGAAGAGUAAUUUCAGACACACGCUAAACUACCUGAAGAAACUGGGAGUCCCUGGAAACAACAGCAUCCAGGUGGAGGUUGGUUCUGCUGAAGGGAAGACUUUGACUUUACAAUCCCAGUUUGGAGAUCAGCAGGCGGGACUGAUACUGAAGAUGAAAUGUUUUCCCAUGACCAAAGAGAUAACAGGAACCAUGUGGCACAGCUGGUCCUGGCUACAGGACAGAGGAGUGCCACUUAAUGUCGAGGCCUUAUGUUCCAUCCAGGGGGCGUUUUCUCAGCUCCAGUCCAGAGUUCAGCUCACUGUGGACGGACACAAGCUGCUCGUCUCUGGCUUGAAUGUCAGCGUGGCUGGUGGACGUCUGGCUGGGCUUCUCUCCUACUCUCCCCUGACUUCCAGUCAGACAGAGACUCAAUUCAGUCUGGACACUGCUUUGACUGCUCAGUUCAAAGGUCCUCUGCGGAGCGCCUCAGUAGACAUUCACUGUGAGGACUGGAGGGUCCGAGUGAUGGGGGACAUCGGGGGCUGGGGCACGCAUGCAGGGUCCAAGGAGGCCAAAGUUACACUUAAACACACUGUACAGGGUCAAACCAGCCCUGCCUUGCAAGUGGAGGCCUGGGGAAGACUUGCUGGGUCACAGCUUAGGUGCUCAAUGGCUGUGAACCCUGAACUCAGCUCCUCACUAGCCCUCAUCAUCCAGGGACACCAUCUGCCUCACAGCAAGGACCUGAUGGUGAAGGUGGUCCAGAAUAUCCCCAAGAUGAUGGUCUACCUGCCCUCUCAGCUCAAUGUCAGGUCUCAGCUGAACCAGUCCCAGUCCAGUGUUGCAGGUUUGGUGGAGGUGUCGUCAGGCAGGAGGAGGCUGUGGGCUCUGGGGGAAGUGGCAGCCAUUGAGAGCGGAUACAGACAGGCUCUAGAGCUCAAACACUCAUAUCCACAGUUGAAGCCACUCCCCAGGACUGUUGCAGUGAGGACAGUGUAUGAAGCCAGGAACUGGAGCUACCAAGUCCAGCAUGGAGCUGUCUGGGGCAAUCAGGAGUUCAGCUUGUCCGGUCUUUACUCUGCACCUCCAGCACUGGAGAUGGGGAACCAGACCCUGAAGGUUCAGAUCACCUGCAUUCCCCGUUGGACCAGUUUGGAGGUGACACUGGAGCGUUCCUUACUGGGUCGGCUGGACAGCGUUUCACUAGGCUGGACAAGGCAUGGCCGACUGGAGCAGGUCAGAGCUCUCAGCUUGUGGAGUCGAUCAGAGGAGAUGAAUGAGACCAAGCUGGAGCUGAAACAGCCCUUCUCCUCCACACUCAGCCAUCUGUCCCUUCACACAGUCUCAUACAGCUCACAGAGGGAAAAACGCAGCAGCCACCAGACCCAUCUGUCAUGGGAGAGCGCAGUGCCUGUCAACGUCUCCCUCAGCCUGAACAAGCAGUGGCAGAUCAACUCUAGCAGGGGGCAGGCGUGUGCUCUGUUCUCAACCCAGCAGAUGGCAGUGUCUUCUGUUAAAGGUUGUGUGUCAGUGGGCCAGGAGGGAAACUCAUAUUCACAAAACGCAGAGCUAAGAUGGGACAACAGGAGUGUCAAGCAAGGCAUGAAGUACCAGAAGGGUCCACGGGGAAUGCACAGCCUCCAAGUUAAUGUCGGGCUGGACAAAGUGUCUCCUGCACCCUGUCCUUCACACACACUCCUGGCCAAGGUCCAAACCAACCUCAGGGAUCGCUUUGAGCACACAGUGCUGCUGGGCCUCUGCCCACCACAGCCUACUCUGUCGUGGUCAGGAUCCCACAGAUUGAACUCAGGAGACGAGCUGUUUUACACACAGUCUCGCCUGUCGGUGACAGGACGGCCCCAUCAGUGCAGCCUCACCCUCGCCCUGACCAACUCCUCUACCACUCAGGGCACCAACAUGUCUCUCUUCUCUGAGUCUAGGAUGGGUAAUUGGAGUGUGGAGGUGGGUGGCAGUGCCCUGUCUUGGCCCCAGGGAUCUGGUCUCCAGGUGCAGGCCAGACUGGACCGCAGAGAAAAGAUUUGGCUGAAUGGCACAGUGGAGGGAAGAUGUCUUCAGACCACGGCAGGCUACAAGAACGGCUCAGGCCUGAACGAGGAUGUUACUGUGUUGGCAUGUUUGGGAACAAAUCACGGUUUAAAGCUGGAUGUGCAGAAAAGAGACGGCAGCAACAAACCUGAAACUUUGGGCAGCGUGUCUGUGGGAACAGCCAAUCACAGGCUGAUGCUGAGAGCAAGUGGCUGUUUGGAGAGUCUUACUGCGGUGGAGGCACGUGUUCACUAUUUAAGCUCCCAGAUACGGAGGAAGCUGUUGGAAAGAAUCAAGACAAUACAGAAUCUCCUCACUGAAUUCAGACGACAGUCCAGAGACAGUGCGUUGCUCCAGGAGCUGAGCGCUGUGCCUCUUCAUGUUUCCCAGCGAGCGGAGGCUCUCUUGGGGCAGAGAGACAGAGGUUUGUCGGCUCUGUGGCAGAACAGCCCCCUUCGUCGCAUCUGGACCGACAGCCUGCCUCGCUUUCUCGGGCUGCUGGCGCACACCUCGCUGCUGGGACAACAGGAGCUGAGGAGGCCCUUGGCCACUCUGGCAGGUGUGUACCAGGAUGUGAGGGGCCAGAGGCUGGACGCUCUGUGGAGGGAGGCUGUGUCGUUGUGGACUGACCGGCUGGUGGAGGUCCUGCCUACUCUGUUAGAAAACCCUCAGCUGAGGCCGCUGGCUCAGACCAGUGUGGCCACGCUCAGCGUCGCCCUGGAUGUUGCAGGCCAGCACACUUACCACUGGGUUGAAAGCAGGUUGGCAGUGGCUCUGUCAGGAGUCAGGAAACGAUUGGCCUCUGUCUACAAAUACUCCCCCAGUGAGUGUUCAGUGACUGUGUCAGUGCCGCUGCCAACACUCCCCCGGUCCAGGCUGGCCGAGGCUGGACUGGUAGAGAUCCUUUUAGAAGACUGGCUCCUGAGGCCCCUGCAGACCCUCGCCUCUAUCAGACCCACAGCUGAACUUUACCGCCUCAAGAGGAAGAUCAUGGAUAGCCCCUUCAUGCACCAAGCUCUGUUGGUGGCAGAUCAGUUUGUAGUGACGUUUGAUGGAAACCUGUAUGAGCUCCCAGCAUCAUGUCCACUUCUUCUCGCCCAAGACAUCAGCGCGGACCCCUCAUUCACACUGCUGCUCAGUUCAGACUUGCAGAACUUCCUCCUGCUGGGAAUGAAUAACAGCACCAUCAACAUUCAGCACAAUGGACAGGUAAAAGCCAACUGCAACACCGCUGUAAUGCACACUUUUCACAGUGACAGUGGAGUGGCUGUCAGAAGAGGAUCAAACGUUGUGCAGGUGUCCAAUCAGAAUGGAGUGUCCUUGUCAUGUGACAUAACGCUAGAGUUGUGCAGUUUUACUCUUGAUGGAUGGUUGCACGGCACAUCCACUGGUCUGUUGGGGUCCAAUGACAAUGAAGCAGGGAAUGAUUUUCCUUUACCUGAUGGAUCUCAAGCUGAAAACUUGGAGGAUUUUUUCUACAGCUGGCAGAUGAAACCUGAGUGUAUUAAACCUCCAGCUACAGCAGAGCGCCUCUCAAAAGUAGCUGUGAGCCCAGUGACCUGUGACUUCCUGUUCUCCUCUCCUGAUUCUCCACUUAGCUCCUGCUUCAGGGUGGUGGAUCCUGGUCAGUUCUUGUUGGUGUGUGAGUUGAGCUCCUCCAGAGCCCCUUGCAGAUUAGCAUCUGCUUUUGUACAUCUCUGCCAGCAGAACUACAUACCACUGGAGGUCCCUGUCCAGUGCUUGAAAGUAUGAAGGAUGGACGAGCUUGUGAAGAGCAAAGAUGAGAGACUUAUGACCUCUGUUAGCUGCUAAAACAGACAUAUUUACACUCUUAUACCACUGGUUGUGCUACAUUACUUAUAUCAUUACAUUUUAUAUUACAUUUUGUACCCCACUGUAUAGUUACACAUGUUAUUAUACCUCCUGUAAUGUACUAUACACUGUUCUUGUGCCAAUAAUGUGAAUAAGAACUUACUAACUAUAGCAUCUAGUUUAUUAUUAAUCAUAAGGCUUCUUUUUGUAUUUUCUGUGAUGUGUAGUACAAACACUGAAGAUUAUUGGUGACUGACUUUAGUGCAACCACAGUAACUUCUCCUCACAGCCGAACUUUCACCAUGAAGAGAUCAACAAAUAUUUUUAUACAGUUUGAUAAAGUACAUUUAUUAAAUUGUACCAUUGUAUGUUAAA